AUGAGCGACCACGAGGGUGAAGGUCUUGACCUUGAACGAUGGGAGGAAGCAAGUCUGCCUGGAGCAUCAGCCUACUCGUAUGCUGCCUCCGAUGUUUUCAACCCAGGUGUGCCAGCUGGUGAUGCGGGUCGCUUUCCUCCAACAGCAUCUCGAUAUGCCACAUCGCGAGAUUAUGCGCCGAGAGCUCAGCCCGUCAUUCCGCCUAAUGGGUUUGCACGAACAGCUCAACAACCUGCUGUCAGCGGUCAAAUUGCCCGCAGUGGUAGACAAAUCCCUACGACAAGACCCCCUAUGAUCAAAAGUGCUGCGCAGAUUCAUUUCGAAAGUGGUCAGGCCGCCGAUGGAGAAUAUCAACUUGCUUCCACAUGGCGAGCUCACAGAACAUCAGCGCUGAGAAUUGAUCGCGGAAGUCGCCCACACCCGUUACAGACGCUACAGGAGAUUAUGUUCAAGUCCGGCACAUACGUCAGAAAGCCAGAGGACCAGGAUCAGAAGCUCUUCAUCUGGGGCACGCCGCCGCAGAUCGCCGAAACUAGGGCAGCACUUGCAAAGUGGGAAGAAGACCUUCGCAGCUCCGCAGAUAGCUCGAAGAACAACCAUAGUUGGUUGAGAUCCAACGCCCUCGACGGCCGUGCAGAGCACCGACUCGAACGCCAGAGCAAGCAGAAGGCUUUUGACGAGCUUUUGAGGCAGGUCUCGCUCGAUUACGCUUUCGAAGCUGCGUUCUUAUGGCCGAAAGAGCUCGAUAUCGAAGACUUCGCGGAGCACCAUGCUAACAUCCUAGACCAACUGAGAAGCAGCUACCACUGUCGCAUUGGUUUCCAAUCUGCGGAUGUCCAUCACAUCAUCGUCGGAGCGAACUCUGAGAGAGAUGUCGUCCACAUCAUGAACAGAGUCUUGAAUCUCAUCAAGGAGACCGUAUCCCGUCGCGACCAGCUCGUCACUGUCACUCUAGUGCAUCCUCCACACCAUUCAAUUUACAGAGAUCGUGUUGGUUUGCAGGAUCGCGAUCCUCUUACUGACUCCUAUCUUCCCACCUUGCAUGGCAAGCCAGUAUCAGACGAAGCAGAGUGGGUGAAGGAACGCCGUCGCACACAUAUUACAAAUCGCAAGAAGAUCAAGAAAACCAUCGAUACUUCGAUCAAGCGGCUUCGGAUCUCACAUCAACACGUGCGCAUGAGGGUGGUCUUCGGAGAGCUGGGGUUCAAAUUGUUCCAGAGACCAUCUGGCGGGUCUGACACGUACUCAUUCGAAGAUUUCUUCCUCAUGGUCACCAAGGGUCGCACAAAGCUCAGCAUGAACAGCAUCCCUGUCCGACAAGGUGAUAUCACCCAGUUGCCAGACAUUCUUGAUUCAAUGGAGGCCUUUCAUGAUGGGACCGAAUUCUAUGGGGUGUACUUCGAUUUUGCAGCAGCCAACAGUAAUGCGGUUCUUCGCUUGGAAACCAUUAUCAACCCUGUUGGCGAGCACGACUACGAGUUUCAGGAGCGUCGCUGGGUCGAGUUCGGCGAUAUGGUCUCCAGGCUCCAAGUCAGUCUGUUCAACUUUGAGCGUCCGGAUUACCAGCUUACCAUAGACGCUUUCCCCAUGCAUUCGAACAAGCAAUUCAAAGGUCAGACUAUGGGACAAUUUCAGAACAACAUUACUUUUACACGGCCCCCAAACGGCAUCAAGGCAAUCCCACAGCGACGCGUCAAAUAUCCUGCAAAUCAGAGGAGUUUGCAAACCGUCUCCGAGCUGACGGUGAAGAAGUGGCGAUUCAAGGACGCUGACGGCUAUUUCGAGCUUCGGCGAAAAGAAGUCUACGACGAGAGAACAGGGCAGUACUCCUCCAGCCCGGUCGAGACCCGCUGGCACGCAUUGUACUACUACCCUGAGUGGGACAAUCUGAUGGGCCAGUUCGGCACGCUCAAGCCAGGCGAGGACGUGAGCUGGCCGAAAUCUGUCGCCACGUUCUUCCCUGAGAGUGGUGUCGACGACGGCCGGGCCUUACCUCAAGGCUUCAAGAAGUUCAUCAACGAGGUGGAGGAGAUUCAGGAUCUGUUGGCCGAGGCUAUCAGCCAGGUUGCCAGAGGUAGACAGAAUACUCCUGCCACAACUGGAGAUCAUCAGACUGCAAAUGGUCAGAACGGCGGCGCAUGA